CCUGACGCCAUGGUGCAUUUCACUGCUGAGGAGAAGGCCUCUGUCACUAGCCUAUGGGGCAAGGUGAUUGUGGAGGAAGCUGGAGGUGAAGCCUUGGGCAGGCUCCUGGUUGUCUACCCCUGGACCCAGAGGUUCUUUGACACCUUUGGCAACCUGUCUUCUGCCUCUGCCAUCAUGGGCAACCCCAAAGUCAAGGCCCAUGGCAAGAAGGUCCUGACUUCCUUUGGAGAUGCUAUUAAGAAUAUGGACAACCUCAAGGGUACCUUUGCUAAGCUGAGUGAGCUGCACUGUGACAGGCUGCAUGUGGAUCCUGAGAACUUCAAGCUCCUGGGUAACGUUAUGGUGAUUAUUCUGGCUAUGCAUUUUGGCAAGGAAUUCACCCCUGACAUGCAGGCUGCCUGGCAGAAGCUGGUGGCUGGUGUUGCCAAUGCUCUGGCCCACAAGUACCACUGA